UGUGUGUGUGUGUGUGUGUGAUGUCCUGGAGAACUCAGAAACGAAAGCGUUUCAUACAAACUUUCGUUUUCAUGUUAGGUAUCAUAGCAGAGAGCAAACUGCAGGAUGGCGACAGCUCGCACUCCUGAGGACGAACACCCCCCUGAGGACGGUGAUGAGUCGCCCAGAGGCAGAGAUUCAGAUGUAGACGCUGAUUCUCAGGUUAGUCUGCGGACACACAGGGUGUUGGAAUCUGUAUCAGUUUCAUUAUCACUUAUUUACACGGUGACUGUGAAGGAGCCCUGCAGGUAUUACAAUAAGAGCCGCUGUCGGGACGGUGCCAGGUGCCCUUACCCGCACGUCUGCAAGUUUGCCCUGAGUGGAAACUGUCGAUACGGGUCCGGAUGUAAGCUGAUACACCCCAGAGAAGGAAGGAGCUCGACUCAGGCCGGCGGGGGCGCCAGAGAGCGAUCUACAUCGAGAGAUCCAAAGAUUUCUGACAGCCGGCUCUACCAGUGGCAGAUGAAUGAAGGAAGCGGCUGGAUGGAUUUUAGUAACGAUCACGUAAUCGAGGCCCAGUAUUGCCUGCCCCACACCAAAAGUAUUACACUCUACAACACCAAGUAUGGGGCCGUGAACAUUGAUUUUAAGUCGAUGACAGUGUCUGGGAAGAACCUGAGAGUGAGACGUCUGGAUGAUGGAAACACCGAGUGGGUCUGGUUCUGCACUUUGUAUAGUAAGUGGAUCAAGUACGGAGACAAGGAUCCAGACGGAAAACCCACUCCGGCGAACAGCUCAGACAUAGAACAGAAGUUCCAGAGUAACCCAACAAGCUCUUUCACUUUCAGCAUCGGCGCUAAAACCUUUGAAAUCAAAUUCGGAGAAAUGCGACAGGUGAGUUCGGACAGAAAGAGGAAAGUCACUCGCCGUCCACUUUACCGACAGCGCCAAGCAGGGGCAGGGGUUCCUCAAGGCCAAUCAGUUUCCCAGAAUACCGCUGUGGGCACCAAACCUCAGUGGCAGUUCGAGGGAGACAAACGAGUUUGGCACAACUUCAAAAACACGCGCGGCACAAAUGAAACCAGCGAUGACAUUGAGCAGACGUUCCAGGACGACCCCAACCAGACCAUGAACGUCAAAGCCAACGGAAACACCUACAAUCUGGACUUCGGAGCAAUGACCCAAACCAACCUCAAGACCAAGUUCACACGCAACAUCAGACGUGUGCUGGUGUGAGCGUCGAAGAGGAGUUUGACCUCCAGAGGACAGCCCGGAAGAAAGUUUCAUUAAUGUGGGGAAUGCUAUUUGUCACUGGCUUUCAAUAGAAUAUGAUCUGGAGUAUAUUGGUCUUAUAAUGGGUGACUUAAUAUUUUGUUUACAUCAGAAAGGAAUUCAGGAUCAGAUUUAAUUUUUCUGAAGAACGUUGAGUAUACCAAAAACGUUUCCAUAGAAAAUUGUGCCAAAUGAUUUUUCCACCUUUAUGGUGCAGAACAAACCUGCACUCCAAUAAUGUACUGCCAACUUGCCUUAACUUACGAAUUUAAAAACUUGUCACGAUAUGUUUACUUGAUCUCAUUCACAUUGCUACAUUACUACCAGCACACUGCCAUAACACAGGAAUGCAAAGUAUUGUAUGUUGACAGAUCUGAGAAAGAAAAUACACGAUGCACCCCCCACACACAAAUUAAUAUUUGAUGUUGCAACACAUUUCACACGGCUUCUUUUGUAACAGAAGUGACUCAAAUGUAAUGCAAAUGAAUUGAAGGCCAUUUUGUAUACUACCUUUCAGGGGUUUUUUUAUGACAUUUAAAGCCAUAACACAGGUUUACACAAUCAAUACUAUGCAAUUGUUAAAAUUUGUUACAAUUAUUUUAGUCAGUUUUACAAGUCCAGUCUUUGGUCUUAUAUAUGCUGCUGAAAAAAUAUAUAUGAUUAUGAAUUAAAAUAUAUAUCCUGUU